AGGGUCGGCUCAAAGAGAGAAGCCAAUACAAGUUUCGGAGCUCUGUGGCAGUGUAUCGGCUUUGCGUCUUUUGAGCUCUCUCCGCCGUGAUCAAUCUCCGUGAAUCGCCGCCACUCUCUCGGUUUCAAUGGCUGAUCUCGAUGUUCCUCCUCAAGUUCCUCAAAGUAAAACUAGAGACCUUGACAAGCUUCUUCUCCGUCAUGGGAAUCUCGUUGACCCCGGCUUCGUACCCGGACCCGGCCUGAGGGAUGACAUAAGGGAUUAUGUGAGAAUCUUGGUGAUUGGUGCGGGUGGGUUGGGUUGUGAGCUUCUCAAGGAUUUAGCUCUUUCUGGUUUUCGUAAUCUCGAAGUGAUUGAUAUGGACCGUAUUGAGGUUACUAAUCUCAAUCGCCAGUUCCUGUUCAGGAUUGAAGAUGUAGGAAAGCCUAAGGCAGAGGUAGCAGCAAAGCGUGUAAUGGAGAGAGUGAGUGGAGUAGAGAUUGUGCCGCAUUUUUCACGUAUAGAAGACAAAGAGAUUGAGUUUUAUAACGAUUUUAAUAUCAUUGCUCUUGGUCUUGAUUCUAUCGAAGCUCGCAAAUACAUCAAUGGGGUAGCUUGUGGGUUUCUUGAGUAUAAUGAAGAUGAUACUCCGAAAAGAGAAACGAUCAAGCCAAUGGUAGAUGGGGGAACUGAAGGUUUCAAGGGUCAUGCUAGAGUUAUCUUGCCUGGAGUUACACCCUGUUUUGAGUGCACUAUUUAUCUUUUCCCACCUCAAGUGAAGUUUCCGUUGUGCACUCUUGCAGAAACCCCUAGGAAUGCAGCUCAUUGCAUUGAAUAUGCUCAUCUUAUUCAGUGGGAAACGGUUCAUCGUGGGAAAACCUUUGAUCCUGAUGAACCAGAACAUAUGAAGUGGGUUUAUGAUGAGGCUAUCAGGAGAGCUGAGCUUUUUGGAAUUCCAGGUGUCACAUACUCUCUCACACAAGGUGUGGUUAAAAACAUAAUACCGGCGAUUGCUUCCACCAAUGCGAUAAUAUCUGCAGCUUGUGCACUUGAAACCUUGAAGAUUGUGUCUGCAUGCAGCAAAACACUUGUAAAUUAUUUGACGUAUAACGGUGGAGAGGGUCUUUACACUGAAGUGACAAAGUUCGAGAGGGACACCGAAUGUCUUGUAUGUGGUCCGGGCAUUCUGAUUGAGCUGGACACCUCAGUCACUUUAUCAAAGGUCCUUCCUCUCGCAUUAUCAUCUCAUUGUCUUUUUUAUACCACGAUUAUCUUGAUUUUCAUACUCACGUAUUGCUUCAUUCAUGCUAAAUUAUCUUCUCUAUUACUAUCUCCUCGCUUUUCCAGGCUUGGUUUUAGCUAAAUCUCAAUUUACUCGUGCUUUGUUUGUCCAUGUAAAUCUGCGUCUCAAUUCUUUACCAUUUAUUUGUUCAUGUUUUGUUUUUCUUUGUCCUAGUUCAUUGAGAUGCUUGAAGAUCACCCGAAGCUUCUAUUGUCAAAAGCAAGUGUUAAACAGGGGGAAAACACUCUCUACAUGCAGGCACCUCCGGUUCUAGAAGAGUUUCACAGACCAAAGCUAAGCAAGCCGCUUUAUGACCUCAUGGGAAGAGUCCAGAAGGACACUAUCCACGUGUUUGGACAAAGAGCCCUCAAGAACAAUGAGAAAGAGUCGUGCACAACGAAGGUAAGAGUUGUAUUCAAAGGAGCCGAUGGUGUUGCAGACAUGGAUACAGCCAUUGGAGCAUGAAAACCGACAGAGAAACCCUUUGAUUGCAGCUUUUAGAUCCAUUGAGAUAAUUGGGCAGCUUGACUAGUCCAGUUCUUAUUUUUUGUACCUUUUUUGUUUGUAUGUCGUUUAAUAGCUGUGACUGCAGAAUUUUACUGCUUGGGGAACAAAAAAUGACUCCAAACAGUGAGUUUAUAUGAUUAUUCUUAAUCUCGGAUUGUUCUUAAUCUCAAAGAUGUGUCUUGAGAUUGUUUUCUUAACAGUUCAUAUGAUCAGGAUUCUACCUGCGAUUUCAGAUACAAGC